UGUGUCCCUGGCGUACAGUUUGCCUGUGCAGAUGGAACUCAGUGCAUCCCGUCUCCAUGGAGAUGCGAUCUUGACCCAGACUGCAGAGACGUCAGUGAUGAGGAAAAUUGCACAUACAGUGGUGUAACAUGCCAAACAGGAUUCUUCCAAUGUACCAGUAGCGGAGCAGAGAUCUGUCUUCCAGAAUCCUUCAGAUGCGAUGGUCAGCCAGAUUGCCAAGAUGGCUCCGACGAAGGCCCAGAUUGUCCUGCUCCACCUGCCUUGAAGUGUCCAUCCUCAAUGCCCUAUCAAUGUUUAGAUGGUUCUAACUGUAUACCAUAUAGCAGUAUCUGUGACUUCAUUCCUGACUGUGUUGAUUGGUCAGAUGAGGGUGCAUUCUGCAAUCCAGAUAAUGAAGGAGAUUGUACAAGGAUGGAGUGUGGAACUGAUCAAGUGUGUCAAGAAACUAUCAAUGGUGGUAUGUGUAUCUGUCCACCAGGAUACCAAGUCAAUCAAGACAACUCCACACUCUGUGAAGAUGUUAAUGAAUGUGACCUCUAUGGGACAUGUGAUCAGAUCUGUAAAAACACCCAAGGAUCCUAUUCAUGUUCCUGUGCUAGUGGUUAUACCAUGGUCUCGGAAGGAAGAUGUCGGUCCGACGAAGACGCCAAGCUGCUUGUAGCAAACGUGGAUAACCUCCUUCAGUUGAACCUUGAUGGGAGUAAAGUUAACGAAACCAGCUUAUUGGCAGCUAUGGGCACUAGGGCUAUGGACUACAAUCUCAAGAAAAAUAAGAUUUGUUGGGUGAAUUUUGGUAACCAUGCCGAGCAGCUGAAGUGUGCUGAUUUGACCAAGAUGGAUAACAUCGAAGUAAAAGAUCUAAUCCUAGAUCUCACCAAUGUUCAGCAGAUAGCCCUUGACUGGGUUACUGGUAACAUGUAUCUGAUGGAUGAUGUAGUGGAUGCUAUUAUAGUUUGUCGCUUUGCUGGGGAUAUCUGCAUUACGGUGGUAGAUGGAGACCUGUCUAGACCGAAGGGACUCACUCUGGAUCCCAGGAUGGGAUUCAUGUUUUUCACCGAUUGGGGAACAGUGUCAAGGGACAGGCCCUCUAGAGUUGAACGAGCUAACAUGGAUGGUAGUGGGCGGAUGAAUCUGAAUAUCACAAAGAUUGUAUUUCCUCAUGGCAUAACAGCAGAUUACGCUGCCCAGCGAAUCUACUUUGCCGAUACACAGCUUGAAAUGAUUCAGACCGCUAGAUAUGAUGGCACAGGACAGAGAAUCAUCGCUCAAGGAUCCAGGGUGAGCUAUUUGUAUGGCUUGACCCUAUUUGAGAAUCACCUCUACGCAACCAAAUGGCAGUCGAACGCUACAAUAAUCAGUAUUGAUAAAUUCAACGGAGAAGUACGGGAGUUAUCUACUGUUACACAUAGAGCUGGUGCUAUACAUGCAGUGCAUCCUCAGAGACAGCCACUGCCAACAAACCAACCAUGUCGGAGGAACAAUGGUGGUUGUGAGCAUCUGUGUUUGAUAGCCGGUGAAACAUCUUCAACCUGCCGAUGUCAGCAUGGAUAUAAUGUCUUGAGCAAUGGAACAUGCAUCAGGAAUGCAGACAAUGCCAAGUUCCUUCUAUUCGGUCAGGGUUAUCCAGGAUCGGUAAGAGGGAUACCAGUCAACGAAAGCAGAGAUCCAAACUAUGAAUCAAUGGUUCCUGUGCUUAAUCUUCAGAGUCCAAGGGCUGUGGACUUUUACGCCGCUGAGGAUUACGUCUACUAUGCAGAUUCUACAAACUAUACCAUAGGCAGACAAAAAUUAAAUGGAACACACAGAGAAGAUCUCCUCAGUGAUUAUGUAACAAACUGUGAAGGGAUAGCAGUGGAUUGGAUCAGUAAGAAUCUUUACUGGACCGAUGAUGGAUCCAAGACCAUCAGUGUUGCCAGACUAGACGGGACCAAGAGGAGGCUACUCCUGAAAGAGAAUUUCACACAUCCAAGAGCUAUUGUAGUAGAUCCUAUUGAUGGGUAUAUGUACUGGUCUGAUUGGUCGGAGGGUGCUACCCAGGUAGCUCGUAUUGAGCGAGCCUUUAUGGAUGGUACCAACAGAACAGACUUUGUCAACGAGUACUUACAGUGGCCCAAUGGCCUGAGUCUGGAUAAAGAUAGGGGUGUCUUGUACUGGUGUGAUGCCUUCCAUGAUAGAAUCUCUAGGAAGUUCCUCAAUGGCACUGGUGACGGGACAGUAACGGUACGGCCUCAGCCGGAGCUAAAUCAUCCAUUUGGUAUCACCCAUUACAAAGACAUCAUCUUCUGGUCGGAAUACCGUACUGGAUAUAUCUAUCGCUACGAUACAACAAUGGAAACGCCCACACCCAUAUCGUUGCGUAAAGGUGGCUUGGUCUUUGAACUCAAGCUUUAUGAUGCCAAUGCACAAAAAGGUAGCAACACCUGUAGUGUAAAGAAUGGUGGAUGUGAGCAUCUUUGCCUGCCUGUCCCCGAUGGUAGAGUUUGUCAAUGUGAGAACGGAAUGAAGCUCAGCAAUGAAACACAUUGUACAGAUGACCCUGAUUAUGUGCGGUAUUCUCGAUGUAGCAAAUCUUCAGAUGAGUUUGAGUGUAACAACGGUCGUUGCAUAGAUCGUACCUGGUUAUGUGAUGGGGACAAUGAUUGUGGAGAUAAUACUGAUGAAACCCAUGGUGGCUGUCACAAUCAGACAUGUGGACCUAACAAGUUUCAAUGUCCUAAUAACAAGUGCAUUCCUAUACGAUGGACAUGUGAUGGUGAUUUUGACUGUGGAGAUAGCAGAGGUAGUGAUGAAACACCUGAGCUCUGCAGUGGACAUGUCCAGAAAACUUGUGAUCCUGAUUUAUUCCAAUGUGAUAAUGGCCGUUGUAUCUCUACAUCAUGGCAUUGUGAUCAAGAGGAUGACUGUGGAGAUAACAGCGAUGAAAAAGAUUGCAAUUAUUGCCGUGAAGGACUUUUUGAGUGUGACAACGGAGCAUGCAUCAGCAUAACAUGGCUAUGUGACAGAGAUGAUGACUGUGGUGAUGGAUCGGACGAGAUAGACUGUGCCUAUUCAUGUGACAAUGAAACCCAGUUCCAGUGUCAUGUAUCUCUUCGGUGUAUUAAUAUUGAUCUGGUAUGUGAUGGUGUUCCCAACUGUGAUGAUGGCAGUGAUGAAAGAGAAAGAUGCUCUUUUAAUCCAGUUGUAUGUAACAACAAUGAGUUUCAAUGUGAUGGACAACGUUGUAUUCCUGAAACAUGGAGAUGUGACGGAGAAGAAGACUGCAUCAAUGGAACAGAUGAACAUAACUGUACAAACCCUGCAGUUCCUGUAUGUCGAGAGGAAACACAUUACAAAUGUCCUAAUGAAAACAAGUGUAUCCCCGAUGCCUGGCAGUGUGAUGGUAUAGCAGAUUGUCAAGAUCAGUCAGACGAGUACAACUGUCAAUUACUACGUUGUGAAGUGAAUGAAUGGCAGUGUGCAAACCAUACAAUGUGUAUCCCAUUACAUAAUCUAUGUGAUGGAGCUCAACAUUGCAUUGGAGGGACCGAUGAAUUAGAUUGUGACUUUACAAUAUGUGAAAAGGCAGCAUGUAAGGAGGAAUGUCAGGUGACCCCGGAUAAAGGAGUCAUGUGUUACUGUGGAGAAGGAAAGGUCAUUGACCCUGAAGAACCUACACGCUGCAUACCAGAUACUAAGAUGUGUAACAAAGUUGGCCGUUGUAGUCAGCAGUGCGUCAACGGUAAAGGAACGUAUGUGUGCAAGUGUUAUCCUGGUUAUCAGAUGUCAUCUGACGGAUGGACCUGUAAAAGCAAUGCCACUGCUAACCCUUAUCUGAUAUUUUCAAAUCGCAAUCAGCUUCGCCGUGUUAACCUAGCUACCAGUGAAUACAAUGUCCUCGUCUUCAAUCUACACAACAGUAUUGCAGUUGACUUCCAUUAUAGUAAUAGCUCUAUCUAUUGGACUGACGUAGUAGAUGAUAAGAUUUAUCGUGGAUGGCUUGAUGAAAACUCACCUAAUGCAGGAUUGAGGAACAUAGAACCUGUUAUUGAAGCUGGUUUGGCUACCUGUGAAGGACUUGCUGUUGAUUGGAUCGGAGGUAACCUAUACUGGGUUGAAAGUCAUCUUGAUCAGAUAGAAGUAGCUAGAUUAGACGGAGCUAUGAGAACUACUGUUGUUGCAUCUAAUAUGGAGAGCCCUAGAGCCAUUGCUCUGGAUCCUACUGAAGGGUUAAUGUUUUGGACUGAUUGGGAAAAUCGUGCCCCACGCAUAGAGAGAGCAACUAUGAGUGGUUCUAAUCGUAGCAUCAUUGUAAACAUUACUCAGCUAGAAGGAGGCUGGCCUAAUGGACUCACUAUUGACUACUCGGAGAAAAGAAUCUAUUGGAUUGAUGCAAGGUCAGAUGCCAUCCAUGCUGCCCUGUACAAUGGAUCAAAUAUCUUCACGGUUUUAAAGGGACACAACUCCCUCUAUCAUCCAUUCGCUAUCACUGUAUUUGAGGGAAGUGUGUUCUGGACAGACUGGAGAAGCAAUACUGUCUACCAAGCUAAUAAGUUUACUGGACAGAAUGUAACAGCCAUACAGAAGACAAGUACUCAACCGUUUGAUAUCCAUGUCUAUCACCCUUACCGACAACGUCAAAAACCCAAUCCAUGUGGUGUCAACAAUGGCGGUUGCUCUGACCUUUGUUUACUGAAUGGACACGGGAUUGCCUGUGCUUGCCCUCACCUCAAGAAGCUCCAUACGGACAACAAGACAUGCAUCAAUGACACUGUGUUCUUUGUUAUCUCACGUCCAACGGACAUUCGUGGAGUGGACAUAGAUGAUGGCUACUACAACGUGAUUCCAGCCCUUACGAUACCCAAUGUAGCUAACGCAUCCUCCAUUGAUCAUGAUACCGUUGAGAAUAGGAUUUAUUGGACUGACUUACAAAGGAAAAGCAUCAACAGAGCUUUUAUAAAUGGAACCGCUAUUGAAACAGUCAUUGAAGGUAUUCCACACGCAUAUAACCUAGCCAUAGACUGGGUUUCUAGGAACAUGUAUUGGACAAACCUUUCGCCAGAAAAGAGUACUAUAAACAUUGCUAGACUUGAUGGAAGCUUCCAGAAUGAAAUUGAUAAUCUGAAUCUAACCAACCCAAGAAGCAUUGUUAUUGAGCCAACGGAUGGGAUAAUGUAUUGGAUCAACGCUGGGCCAAGUCCGUCUAUUGAGAAGGCUAGAAUGGAUGGUACAAAUCAAACUUCAAUUGUCUCAGGACAUGUGCUCAAUAGACCGACAGGUCUAGCUAUUGAUCGUUCCAAGGAGCGUUUGUAUUGGACUGAUGCUGGACUGUAUAAGAUCAAGACAAGUGAUUUGCAAGGCGGUAAUAUCCAAGAGUUCCUAUCUCUGGAUGAAGCUUCCCAACCAUCGGCUAUUACUGUUACUAAUGACAAGGUUUUCUGGGCUGAGAAUAAAGAUUUAGGAACCAUCAAGUAUGUCCAUAAGAAUGACAGUGAUCACAUCAACAUCCUCAGAAGGAAGACUCCCGGUGUUACUGAGAUGUUUAUGUAUAAUCCUACCUCACAGAUUGGUGAGAAUGCUUGUAAGGAUCAGAAUGGAGGAUGUCAGCAGCUAUGUCUCCCUCUACCAAACCAUGAUAGAAAGUGUGCUUGUACUGCCGGUUAUAUCACCUCAGCAGAUAGUACUACAUGUAACGGUGUCAGUGAGUUCCUACUUUAUUCAACCGAUGAGACGAUCCGAGGCCUGUCCCUCAAUGAACCGUUGGAUGGUAAAGAUAUGUUGACUCCGAUCACAGGUCAUAUGCUCUCAAUUGCUAUUGAUUUCCAUGCAGCGGAGAAUUUCAUCUAUUGGGCCGAUACUGCGCUGUACACGUUGAAUCGGAUCAAGAGAGAUCACACAGAAAGACAAGUCUUGGUCACAGCUACUAACAGCAGAAUUGAAGGCAUAGCUAUUGACUGGAUUGCAGGUAACAUGUACUGGACGGAUCAACGUAAUGAUGUGAUUGAAGUAUCAAGGAUGAAUGGUUCCUUCAGAUAUGUUUUAAUCUCAUCAGGACUUGAUAAACCCAGACCAAUCGUUGUUCAUCCUCUGAAAGGAUAUCUUAUAUGGGCUGAUUGGGGAGCCGAGCCUAAAAUAGAACGAUCCCUUCUUAACGGCGAGAAUAGGACUGCCAUUGUAAAUAGUAGCAGAAUCAACUGGCCAAAUGGCUUGGUCAUUGAUUUUAUCACAGACAUGCUGUACUGGUGUGAUGCAGGUCAUAAUAACAUAGCCAGAGUGGAUUUGAACGGUGCCAACUAUCAACUUAUCUCGAGCAAUGUCCCUCACAUCAAUGAUCCUUUUGCUAUCACAUUGAGCCAACAAUACCUCUACUUCACCGACAGGACGUCGGGUUCCGGGUCCAUCUAUCGUAUGAACAAGGAUGGAAACGACACUGGGAAAAUGAUGAAAGGUGGUAUUGGGGUAGCAGUCAAAGAUGUCCAUGUAUACAGUAUCAACAGCCAACCAGAUAAUGAUAUGAACCCUUGCAGUGUAAACAAUGGAAACUGUUCUCAGAUCUGUUUUUAUCUUGGAGAAAGAAAAAGAAUGUGUGCGUGUGCUCAUGGAACGGUAGCAGAGGAUGGAAUGAACUGCGAGGAAUAUGAUGCCUAUAUCCUGUACUCAGAAAGGAAUGGUGUCAAGAGUAUCAACUUAUAUAACACGUCGGACAAGAAUCAACCGAUCCCGCCGUUAUCCGACCCUGAGAACAUUCGAAAUGUCAUCGGAUUGGCUGUCGAUUAUGCAGAGAAAAGAAUCUUCUACACAGAUAUACUGCUUGGUAAUAUACAAAUGGUGAAUGUCAAUGGGACAGGACAUAGAACAGUUGUCACUGGUAUCGGGUCGGCAGAAGGCAUUGCCUAUGAUCCGAUCAUGAGGCAGGUAUACUGGACAAGCUACACAAACUCCUCCAUUGGUCGCGCUAUGAUUGAUGAACCUAAUAGAGAUGAGAUUCUUAUCAGGCUCACUGCCGGUGAUCAUCCAAGGGGUAUUGCAAUAGACUAUUGCCAUAGCCUAAUGUUUUGGACAAAUUGGAACGAGGCGUUCCCUCGCAUCCAGCGAGCUACCCUCAGUGGUCAGAACGUAACCAACAUUAUAACGGAUGAAAUUCAGAUGCCCAAUGGGAUUGGGAUCGAUCAUAAAUCACGUCUCCUCUUCUGGUCUGAUGCUAAGCAAGAUAAGAUAGAACGGUGCAAUUAUGAUGGACAGAACAGAGUGGUUCUUCUGGUAACAGAGCCUGUUCAUCCAUUUGGUUUGGUUGUCUUUGAUGAUUUCCUAUACUGGACUGACUGGGUUAGGAGAGCCGUAUUGAAAGCUGAUAAAUACACGGCAGCAGAGAUCACCGUCCUUAGAGCUAACAUUCCACAGCAACCCAUGGGUAUCGUCGUUAUGGCAGCCGAUGCUAAUAACUGUUUCCAAUGGCCUUGUCAUGAUGAUAACGGUGGAUGCGAUGGUACUUGUCUGACUAAUGUAACAGGUCAUGUGGUAUGUACCUGUCCAGAAGGAAAGCAAGUAGACGAGAGAACUCGGUGCAUAGAUGUUGAAACUAAUUGUCAAGUUGGAGAGUUCACCUGUACUGAUGGAACAUGUAGUAGAUAUGAAGACACGUGUGAUGGUAUAAAUCAGUGCGCAGACGGGUCAGAUGAAGAUUCCAGAUACUGCAGUCAUCGGGUCUGUCGUGAGGACCAUAUGAGAUGUAAUAAUGGUCGAUGUGUUCUAGCUGACCGUCGCUGUGAUGGCAAAGACGACUGUGGUGAUAAUAGCGAUGAACUCAAUUGUGGUUGUAAAGAGAAUCAAUUUCAGUGUAGGAGCGGUGAAUGCGUACCAUUAAGCGGUAAAUGUGACCAUCGACUAGACUGCCAGAACGAUGGGUCAGAUGAAGACAAAGAAGAAUGCCCUGAAGUAGACUGUGCAGAAUGGGGUAAAAAGACGUUCUUAUUACUACCUAAUGGUACUACCUUUGUGAACUGUCCAAACGUCUCAGUUUGUAUCUUCCAUUCUUGGAUAUGUGAUGGAGUUAAUGACUGUGGUGAUGGUAGUGAUGAAAGAAAUUGCAGCUCAGAUUCCCCAACAAGGGCACAAUGUGAAGAAGGUCAAUUUCAAUGUCGUAAUGGCCGAUGUAUCCAGCAGUCCUGGGUAUGUGACAGAGAGAAUGAUUGUGGCGAUAACUUUGAUGAAGAGCAAGAAGAAUGUUCUUCUACGUGUCCACCUGACCAUCACCAAUGUGCCAAUGGUCAGUGCAUUCAUAAGUCUUGGGUCUGUGACAGGGAUAAUGAUUGUGGAGAUAACAGUGAUGAGAAUGAAACUCUACACCAUUGUUCAAACCAUAACUGUACCGGUGAUAUGUUCCGCUGCACCAACCAACGCCGAUGUAUAUCUAGAUCGUGGGUUUGCGAUGGUGAAGAUGAUUGCGGAGAUGGUCAGGAUGAAGAGGGUUGCCAUAUAAAUCUAUGUAGAGAUGGUGAGUUCUUUUGUGCCAACGGCCGGUGUAUUCAGAGGUCCUGGGCUUGUGAUCACGAUGACGAUUGUGGAGACGGGUCAGACGAGCCUGAAGAUGAAUGUGAAUUUCCAGCAUGUCUUGAUGAUCAGCACAGAUGUAGCAAUGGUCGUUGUAUUCCUAAGGACUGGGUCUGUGACGGGGAUAAAGAUUGUCAUGAUGAUUCCGAUGAAAAUAAUUGCGACUCCUCACCAGCUCCACCGAAUAACUGCACAAAGAAUAACUUAUUUCAGUGUGGUAAUGGAAAGUGUGUCCCUCAAUCAGCCAGAUGUAAUACCAGUGAUGAUUGUGGUGACAACUCGGAUGAAAUUGAUUGCAAAUGUGAGGUAGACUAUCCAUGUUCUCAGAGGUGCGUGGAUUUGAACGCUUACUUCUGGUGUUACUGCGUCGAAGGCUUCACGCUUCUAGACGACCAGGUCACCUGUGCUUUACAACCAGACCAACCUAAACCCUACCUACUGUUUUCGAAUCGAUACCAGCUUCGCACAGUUGGCGUCGAUGGCUCCAACUACACUACACUUCAGGUUAAUGUCACCAAUGCAGUGGCAUUAGAUUAUGACUGGGAGGAACGGAUGAUAUAUUGGUCUGAUGUCACUCAACAGAACAGCAAGAUCAGUCGUGCUAAUAUCACUCAUGGAACUACGGAGGUAAAAGAUCUAUAA